CUGAUAUGCUAUGGAUUAUCACUCUCAUUUUAUCUGGACUCACACCGCUCCUUCUUCCACGGUCAUCCGGCUCCUGGUCUCUGCUGCCCGGGUCCCCAGCAUUAGCUAGCUCCGUGCUAGCGCCACUUCACGGGAUCAUGCCGCCGCUCUACUCCCUGUCAGAUCUCCACUCCUUUAAUAACCGCCUGCCUCCGGACUGCAUGGACAUCCUCGCAGAUAAUGAGAUACUCCGCAAACGCCGUCCUCCACACAGAGGCUUUUAUUUCAUUCCACGUCUCCACACUCCAUCCCGUCCAUUCGGUCCUGUCACACGCCCACACUACGCCAUCACAACAAAAAACACGUGAAUCUGACCAAUCUCCUUCCACUCCCCCGGUCCACACAACCCCCCCCAAUGCAACGUCACCUCAGAGCAGCCCUGCUCAACACACGCUCCAUCCACAAUAAAAGCCACAUUCUGAAUGAAUUCAUUAAAGACAAUAACCUGGACUUUCUGUAUCUGACCGAAACAUGGCAAAAGCCCCUGGACUAUUUUUCUUUAAAUCAAAUCACCCCAGCAGGAUUCACAUACAUUGACAAACCUCGCCCACAAGGGCAGGGUGGUGGUAUAGCUGCUAUUAUCAGAAAGGAAAUAAAAGCUACCAUAAUCCCCAUCCCUGAUGCUUCUUCAUUUGAACACCUGAUCUUUAAACUCUCUGGUCCCACUCCCCUGGUCACAGCCAUCAUCUACCGUCCCCCGAAGCCAAACCCCUCCUUUCUCUCCGACCUCUCUGACAUUCUCACUCAGCUUUCUGCCAUAUCCCCAUCUGUUCUCCUCUUUGGUGAUUUUAACAUUCAUAUUGACGACCCGACCUGCAAAUAUGCCUCUGAAUUUAAGGAAACCCUUCAUUGCUGCAACUUCUCUCAACACAUCAACUUCCCAACACACAGCCGUGGUCACAUCCUGGACUUGGUCUGCUCCACUGGUCUCACCAUCCAUCACCUGUCCAGCCUCAAUCUCCACGUCUCUGAUCACCUGGCCAUCAUCAUGGACAUCAACAUCCCCAUCCCCGCCCAAAAGCAAAAACGCACAAUAACCUACAGACACCUCAAAUCCAUCUCACCUUCAGCAAUCACUGCCUCCAUUACCUGCAAGAUGUCUGUCUCCCCCCCCCCACUUUCUGAAAACCUAUCUGAACUUGUGGACUAUUAUAACAGCACCCUCUCCUUCUGUCUCAAUGAACUGGCCCCCACAAAAACUAAAAAUGUCUCUUUCAUACACUCCUAAUUACUACUCACAACUCAUUCAGUCUGGCUCCAGCAACCCCAAGCGUCUCUUCUCCACCAUCAGCAAACUUCUCAAACCCUGUGACAACGCCACCUCGUCCUUCACCACCGAACAGUGCAACUCCUUCCUUUCGUUUUUCCAAACCAAAAUCAGCAACAUUUACAGCAAUCUGACACCCUCAUCAGCACCCCCCACCUCCUCUCCUGGCUCCCCCCCUUCACCUCACAGCCCCUGUCCCACUUCUCCCCUGUGACCCCCAUGCAACUGUCCCACUUCAUGACUGGAAUUAACUCCACCUGCACACUUGACCCAAUGCCCUCCAAAUUUGUUAAAGAGAGCCUCCCUGCCAUGUCCCAGCUCAUCGCCACCAUCAAUUAACUCCUCCCU